UUUCUUUUUGUUAACUAAAUCAAAUUUCAAAAUUACUUUUGUUUCUUUCUCCUUUGGCUUCAAUUUCUCAAAAGGUGAAAUGGUGCGACUAUGGUCGAUCGCGAAACUUUCCAAUUUCGGGAGACGACGAUGGUUCACGACCAUUGUUGGCGAGAGAAGUAGCAAAGUCAUGAGCUUCGGCGAUGGAAGCCACGGCGCUUUGGGGCUACCAGGCACGGGAAUGGGCCUCGACGCUUACGAGCCAACUCAAGUUUCCGAUAUGCCUUCCGACGUCUCGUUCAUAUCCGCCGGACACUACCACUCCCUCGCAGUCACCUCCAACGGCGAGAUUUGGGCUUGGGGUCGCAACGAGGAAGGCCAGCUCGGCCGAAUCGGUAGAGACUCGAAAAGUCUAGCGAAGAGAGUGGAAGGUCUAGAGAAUGUGAGAGUCCGAAGAGCGUUUGCGUCUGGAGUUGUUUCAACCGCGGUUGGAGAUGAUGGGUCUUUGUGGGUUUGGGGAAGAUCGAAAAGAGGACAGCUUGGGCUUGGGAAAGGUAUCGUUGAAGCUCUGGUUCCUUCAAAGGUUGAAGCUUUAUGUCAAGAACACAUCGUUAAGGUGUCAUUAGGUUGGGGGCAUGUGCUUGCUCUUAGUGCUGAUGGUAAAGUGUUUGGGUGGGGUUAUGUAGCUGAUGGGAGAGUAGGGAAUGUUGGACUUCCUCUUGAGGCGUCUCCUCUUGAUUCACUUGCAAGUGGGUAUGGUGAGGAGGCAGCUGAGAAGAAAGUUGCGGAAGCUAUGAGGAAGGAGAGCAACAUGCCUAUAGCUUGGGAGCCUCGUUUGGUGGAAGAGUUGCGUGGUGUGAAGGUGGAAGAUAUUGCGUGCGGGUCUGAUCAUUCUUUAGUCCUUUGUCGUGAUGGUACUCUUUUGAGCUCCGGGAGCAAUGUGUAUGGUCAGCUGGGUCGUAGGAAUAAGCAGGACCUAGGAAUGUCACCUGUUGAUAUAACCGGGUCUCCGGUUUCAGUAGCAGCUGGUCUUGGUCAUUCUCUAGCUAUCUGCAAUGUUGAGUCAGAUUCCUCCAACACAAGGAGGGUUGUCUCAUCAUGGGGUUGGAACCGGAGCCAGCAGCUUGGUAGGGGAAAGCCAGAAGAGCUGCCAAGAGAAGUGGAGGGUUUUGAUGGGGAGACUCCAGCUUCUGUAUCAGCAGGGCGUGUGCAUUCCUUGUGUGUAACUGAGAAAGGAGAAGCUUGGGUUUGGGGAUGCGGAAGGAGUGGUAGGCUCGGUUUAGGAAGCUCGGUUGAUGAACCUGAACCAAUGUUGCUGGAAGAUGUUGAGGGUUGUGUUCUUCAAGCAGUUGCUGGCUUUGAUCACAGCCUCAUCUUAGUGUCUGAUUGUGUAUAGAUUAAUGUUAUGAAUAAAGAAGGUUCAUUUUUGUAAGAGCUGAGAGACAUGGAAAAGAAAAAGAGAAUUAAAUCAAAAACAUGAUCACCAACACCAAGUGAGUUCGUUUAUCAUACAUUUGUUUGUAUCUUUUGCCAAUGUGGCUGAAUAUAAGAGGUGUCUUCAAUGCA